AUGGCAUCAUUUUUCUCCUAUGCCGAGGCCAACUGGUACUAUUUCGACGAAAGCUCGUUUAGAAAGCAGCUGUUUGAACUCUAUGACAGUGACCUAUCACCGACCUACUCCAGUCUCAAGUUCAUUUGUUUGGCCCUAACUGUCUUCGCCAUGGGCAGCCAGUUCGUUCAUCUAUACCAUACUGACAAUUCGAUUGCCUUGGAAGCCAUGACUGUGGUUCAGUCAGGAAUUCCAGGGACGCGGUACUUCCAACAUGCGCAGAAACUUGUGCCGCAGAUAAUAGCUUCUCCUUCCCUGGAAGGCCUGCUGAGCUGUCUACUACUCGCCUUGUAUGUACUGCCGAUUCAUAGCACUGAAACUUGUUACACCUAUCUUGGGCUUGCUUUGCGCAUCGCGAUCAGCCUCGGCCUUCAUCGAAAAUCAACAAGGUCGGCAUUAUCUCCGUCACUUUCGGAGCUCCACAACCGUGUGUUCUGGACUACCUACAGCAUUGAACGAAUGGUUGCUCUUUCUCUUGGAUAUCCCGAGACGCUUCAAACCAAAGAUAUCGACUGCCUCCUUCCUCAUCGACAGCCUGACCUGGAUGUUCCGGGCUCCUAUAGAGCCGAGAGACUACUGGCAAAUACAAGGUUGACUCUGUUGCUCAACGAAGUGAUUUGCUUAAGGUCCUUGAAGCACGGUUCGACCGAGGAAAUCCGAAGUCAACUUUUGGCUUGGAAGGCAGACCUACCCGCUCAAUUAGCCACAUUGGACGAUAACUGUUUACGACUGAACGUGCAUUUACAACUCCACUACUCUAUGAUCUGGAUCUAUAUCGGUCGCGCAGCCCUGAUCGACAAAGUGCGACGCUUACUCAGCAAGAAAGAGCCCACAAAAGACGACCUUGACAUAGCGGGCGACAGUCAAGAAUUAUCAGACGCUUGCGCAGAACACGCAGCGCGGAUAAUCGAUCUCAUUGAUCUGCUCAGAAGUCGCGGGCAACUGAGUCUAUUCUCUUACACUGAUUUCCAUACCUGCAGCUCCGCAACCAUCAUCGUUCUCCUGGAUAGUAUCCUGAACCCACGACUGUCCUCGUUUCCGAAAGUCCGGACCGCAAUGGGCGCUCUGCAAUAUAUGGCUACUGGCAGUGAUUUGGCCAGAAAUAGCCUCAAGUAUGUCCACAAUUUCCAAAACGUGGUCAACAAAGCCUUGGCGUCUAUUUCCUGUUUGGAUAAUGGGAAAUCUCGCCCUGAGGGAGAGACUGGUCCACUUCCGCUUGGGGAGCCACGUGAAGAGACGUUUACCGAAGGAUUGGACAUGUACCAGCAUGAAGGCGAAGAGCCUAACCUGGCUCUAUUUUCUGACAUAGGGAUUGCGCUUGAAGACUGUUCAUUUACAGAGCUACAUCUCCUUGGGCUUGACAGCCUAUACUCGAGUGAUGUACAAAAUUGGAACGGCAGUUAG